UUUACACAUACGAGGAAUUUGUUUUAGUGACAGAUGCUCCACAGCGACAGGACAGGACACAGAUAAUAAAAGGACAGGACACAGAUAAUAAAAUAAUAAUAUACAAAUAUACAAAAUAGACAAUGUACAAUAUAACAAAAACACAAUAUAUGAUAUAGACAAUUAUGUAUGUACAGGUAUGAUAUGAGCAAAUUUGAAAUGUAAGUAAGUAUGCGUGUUAAUAAUGUAUAAUAGUGUUGUGUGUUCCACGUUUAUUGUCAGGUGUUCAUAAGAUGGAUUGCCUGAGGGAAGAAACUGUUUAUUUUAAACAGUUUAGAAUAGAGAAUGAUUAUACAUAGUGCAAUCAGUUCGGACGUAGCACAGUGCUCAUUUGACAAAUGUACAGCUAAACAGAUGAGUUUUGAGUCUGGAUUUAAAUGUGGCUAAUGUUUUAGCACAUCUGAUCUCAUCUGGAAGCUGGUUCCAACUGCAGGCGGCAUAAUAGCUAAAAGCGACUCCCCUUGUUUUGUGUGAACCCUUGGUAUUUCUAACUGACUCGAUCCUAAUGAUCUGAGAGGUCUGUUAGGUUUAUAUUCGGUGAGCAUAUCUGCAAUGUAUUUAGGUCCUAGGCCAUUGAGUGAUUUGUAAAUGAGUAAAAGUACUUUUAAAAACAAAUCUAAAUGUAACUGGAAGCCAGUGUAAGGACCUGAGGACUGGUGUGAUAUGCUCAGAUUUUCUAGUUCUAGACAGAAUCCUGGCAGCAGCGUUCUGGAUGAGCUGCAGCUGUCUAAUGGUCUUCUUUGAAAGGCCGGUGAGGAGACCAUUACAAUAGUCCACCCUGCUGGUGAUAAAGGCAUGAACAAGUUUCUCAAAGUCUUGACUGGACACAAAACAUCUAAUUCUUGCAAUGUUUUUGAGAUGAUAGUAUGCUGAUUUAGUUACUGCUUUGACAUGACUACUAAAACUAGAUCUUUGACUUGAUUUUUAGUUGUUUGACCCCUAGAGUCAAGGUAUACAUUCACCUUGAGAACUUCAUCUUUGUUUCCAAAUGCAAUGACUUCAGUUUUCUCCUUGUUUAACUGAAGAAAGUUCUGGCACAUCCAACAGUUUAUUUCAUCAAUGCAUUGGCAGAGGGAGUCAAUGGGGCUAUAGUCAUUUGGAGAUAAGGCUAGGUAAAUCUGGGUAUCAUCAGCAUAGCUGUGAUAGGCAAUUUGGUUCUUUCUCAUUAUUUGACUUAAUGGGAGCAUAAAAGUGGUGCAAGAAUUGAGCCUUGUGGGACUCCGCAUGUCAUGGACGUCCAUUUAGACUUAUGCUCUCCUAUACUCACAUAAUAACCUCUCCCUUCUAAGUAUGACCUGAACCAUUUGAGUACCAUCCCAGAGAGCCCGACCCAGUUUUCCAGUCUCUCUAGAAUUAUGUUAUGAUCGACAGUGUCAAACGCAGCACUAAGAUCUAGUAGUACCAGCACUGAUAUUUUGCCAGAAUCAGAAUUGAAGCGAAUAUCAUUUAUUAUCUUAAUAAGUGCUGUCUCUGUACUGUGAUGCGCUCAGAAACCAGACUGAAAAUUGUCCAGGUAUCCAUUUGAGUUUAAGUAUUUGUUCAGCUGAUUAAAAACUACCUUUUCAAUAAUCUUACCUAUGAAAGGAAGAUUUGAUAUUGGUCUAUAGUUGCUCAACAUUGUGUUAUCAAGAUUGCGCUUUUUUAGAAGGGGCUUAACAACUGCAGUUUUGCAAAUUGCGGUCGAAUCUGAGUGACCUCUGCAUAAUUUGAGGAUGUGCCAAUCUCCUUUCUGAUAUUAUUGAUCUUCUCAGAAGAGGAGGAAGCAAAUUCAUUGCAUUUGCUGUCAGAGAGCAUUUCACUGGGAAUCUGACUUGGGGGGUUUGUCAGUCUCUCCACAGUAGCAAAAAGAGUGCGAGUGUUGUUUAAGUUACUGUUUAUGAGGUUUGAGAAGAAGGUCUGUCUAGCUGUGGCUAGUUCCACAUUGAAAGCAUGAAGGCUGUCUUUAUAGAUGCUAUAGUGAAUUUCAAGUUUCGACUUCCGCCACAUCCGCUCAGUUUUUCUGCAUUGUCUUUUCAUACUCUGAACUGCUGUUGAUUUUCUCCAAGAUGAUUUUUGUCUGCCAUUCUUCUUGCUGACUUUUUCAGGAGCGAUAUCAUCAUUAACAUUCUUAACUUUUGAGUUAAAUGAAUCCAGGAGAAGAUCAACAAAGUCUGCAGAAAUGCUUGGUGUUGAAGAUAUAGCCUUCAUAAAUAGUGCACUAGUGUUCUCGUUAAUGCAUCUCUUUCUGACAGAGACAGAUCUAGAUUCAGUGGUAACAGAUCAAUAUAUCAAAGAAUAUACAGAAGUGAUCAGAUAGUGCUACAUCCUUAAUAACAACAAAAACAGUUAUAAUUUCUUUUGCAGUUUUGAUUUCUGCAUUAUCUAUGUGAAUAUUAAAAUCCCCUGCAAUAGUAAAAAAGUCAAACUCCGAGGAAAUCAUUGAUAACAGUUCUGUGAACUCUUCCACAAAGGCUGGAGAGUAUUUUGGAGGCCUGUAAAUAAUGAUAAACAGAAUGCGUGGAGCACCUUUCAGCACAAUACCUAGGUAUUCAAAAGACAAAUACAGACCAAAUGACGCUUGCAUUGAUAAACAUCUUUAAACAGAGCAGCUACACCUCCACCUCUCCUAACAGUCCUGCAGACACUUGUAAAAUUAAAGUUAGGAGGGGCUGUUUCAUUGAGGACUGUUGCACUGCAGCUGUCUUCAAGCCAUGUUUCAUUUAGAAACAUAAAAUCCAGGUUGUUUGUGGUUAUUAAAUCAUUGAUCAGAAAUGAUUUAUUUUUUAGGGAGCGAAUGAUUAAAAAUGCUAACUUGAUGGAAUUACAUUUGGUCUCUACAGCAAUCUUAGAUUGAUGCAUUACAGGCCGUAGAUUAGAUGGGUCAGCAGUACGGCUUGAGAAGGCCUUAGACUUUCUAUCACGUGCUAAAACAGAGAUACUGUAGAGAAAGCUACAGGCACACUGGGUUCCCGCUUGUUCUGUAAACAUUUGUGAAUGUUGCUGCUAAUAUAGCGGGGACCCGACACAUAUCACUGAGAGCUGUUUUCAGUUGUUUUUGGUUCACCUACAGCCGAUGGAGGAGGGUUUGGGCCCUGGUGUUGUGGCAGCGGUUGAAGAGCUCUCACAGGAGGAGGAGGAUGAGCUGAGCCUGCAGUCUUUGGUGGUUGUGGAGCCCGCUGUUUUUUAGUUGAUAUCUGGGGGCUUGCAGCAAAAGAGUGGGAGAGUUUGGUCCCAGCAUACACCAGUUCCACCAUUUUCUGUGAGAAGCUUAGAAGUGGAGAUGCUGGAGAGGUGGAUAAUGUGUCUGGUGAGCAGGGCUCUGGCUCUGGUGUUUCCGGUGGCUGUGAUAUGUUGUCCUGGCUUCCCUGGCUGUUUUCCAGAAAGUUGUCCUUGGGUGCUGAGUUUUGGAGCUGAUGUAGUACGUCACAGUCUGUCUGUGAUGAGCUCCGUGGGCAGGGCUCAGCUGGGAUAGUCUCCGUGAGGAGAGCUUGUUUUGGCUGCGUGGUGUUAUCAAUGUCCUUGUGGGAUGUGUCAACCAUAUGAUGACUCUGAAGCUGAUAUGAAGUCCUGUGGUCACUCAUAUUCUGUCCAGGUGUGUGUGCCAUCCAGGCCAAGUGGAUUGGCACACACCACUGAAGGAUGACAGAGGGAGAAAUAGAUAUUGUCCUUUAGCACUCUUGCACCAAGAUUGUUUGGGUAGAGGCCUUCCAGUUUAAACAGCUGUCUAUGGCCCCAGAAAAGAUUGAAGUUGAUGAAGUUGACUCCUUUUAUACUGCAGGUUCUUUGUAGCCAUGUAUUCAGCCCAAGCAGCCGUGAAAACAUAUUAGUUCCCUUUGCUGGGAGUGGUCCACUGAUGAACGACUGAACUUCAAGUCUUUGAAGUGUUUCAAAGAGUUCACUGAAAUCGUUCUUAAGGAGUUCUGACUGCUCUUUCCGAAUAUCAUUCUUCCCCACAUGGAUGAGGAUUCGAUUUGCAGUCUUGUGCUUCAUCAGAAUGUUCCGAAGUUCCUUGUUCACAUCAGAGACGGCUGCUUGAGGAAAGCAGCAUGUAGUUGUAGUCCUGCUACUGAUGUUUCUGAUAAUAGAGUCACCCACUAUCAGGCUCGGCUGCGCUCUGAGCUGAUUGCCGCUGUCUGCUCGACCUCGAGUGUCUGUUAGUAGCAAUGGUUAGCUGCUGGCUGAUACGAUCUAUGUUCAGUCACAUUUGGGGAUUUCUCACCCACAUUCAUUAAUGCUUCAAAUCUGUUCUCAAGAUGUACAGGGGGUGGUAGAAUACCAGUGUUUACAAGUCUUGUCAUAGGGGGUAGAGGAUGCUACGGCAGCAAUACGAGAUACUCGUGACAAUCUGAUGUCUCGAGUGCCUUUGGGUCUCGCUCCCUGUUUGUGCCAUCGAUUAGUCUGUCGAUCAGUUUCGGCUUGUUCCUCUACACUUGGUAUAAACUGUUGAGAUUCACAUGACUCACCGGCUGUAUGCUGAGGGGGUCCAUGAUUACAUCUGCUGUGUGUUCCGCCUGUUUUGGAAGUCCAGCAAAUAACUUUGCUUCAAGAACCACAAUCCUUUGUAGAAGUCUGUGGCAGUUCAUGCAGCAAGUAGAUUCCACGAGAGGCAUUUUCUCUUGUCUCUUUGAAUGUAGACAGCUGUGUUUUCUUGUCUCCGGAAUUUAAGCUGCUGGCAGUGGGAGGCAAAGAGUAGUCUUUUUCCAAAAAAAAAAAAAAAAAAUGUAAAAAAAUCUUAGAGAGAUCUGAGAAAAGUGCAUAAAAAGGGAGCAAAGCGCAGAGCAAGAGCGUCCAAACAGUAGCGAAGCCGGAAGCAUACGGCUAGCCCUUUUGCUCACUCUGGAUAAGUACAGUUUUUGGAGACGGGGGAGGGUUGUACCAAUGAUUCACUCAGCAGUCCGGACUACCCUCUGUAGUCUUCUGAGGUCAGAUUUGGUAGCUGAGCUGAACCAGACAGUUACUGAAGUGCAGAGGACGGAUUCAAUGAUGGCGGAGUAGAACUCACUUCCCACUUCAGGUCCUGAGAAAUUGUGGUGCCCAGGAAUCUGAAUGUCUCCACUGCAGUCACAGUGCUGUUCAUAAUGGUGAGUGGGGGGAGAGCAGGGGGGUUUCUCCUGAAGUCCACGAUCACCUCCAAAGUUUUGAGCGUGUUGUGGAGGCACCGUCCUGAAUGAGGCCGAUGACUGUGGUGUCAUCUGCAAACUUCAGGAGCUUGACAGAGUGGUCUUUAGAUGUGCAGUCGUUUGUGUACAGGGAGAAGAGCAGUGGGGAGAGGACGCAACCCUGGGGGGCGCAAGUGCUGAUUAUGCGGGUGCUGGAUGAGAAUUUUCCAAGCUUUACUAGCUGCUGCCUGUCUGUCAGGAAGCUGUUGAUCCACUGACAGACAGAGGUGGGGACGGGUAGCUGAGUUAAUUUGGGCUGGAGGAGUGAUGGGAUGAUGGUGUUAAAAGCAGAGCUGAAGUCUACAAACAGGAUCCUCAUAAGUCCCUGGUCUUUCUAGAAGUUGCAGGAUGUAAUGCAGUCCCAUGUUGGCUGCGUAAGGGUCCAGUAAGGGUCCAGUGAUGUCCUUCAGAUAAGCCAAAACCAGUCUUUCAAAUGAUUUCAUGGCCACAGACGUUAGAGCCACAGGUCUGUAGUCAUUGCAGUUCAGAAUAAUGUAUACUCUUACAUUUAUGAGGAAAAAUGACGGCGUAUUUUAAGUUUCCACUCGAUUGGAUAUUUAUCACACAUUUAUCUUAAAUUUUUUAAUUUAUAUUGUGAAAUGCAUGAAGUUUUUAAUGUCUCAAAUCGUGUUUAUUUGAGAAGGCUAAACUGGUCGAACACAUGCUCAGCUCACUUUCUGGUGCUGGUAUUUUAAAAAACAAAAACUUGAAUGUAACAAACAUAAAAUGUUACAAUCAUGUUUCUCAAUUAACUUAAUAAAGAAACGAAACAAAAUAUAACCACUUUGCCAUUAAAAAAUAUUGAACUAUUUUAAUGGCUGCAACAGCAGCUGUAUAAUGGGGAAGAGAGAGAGAGAGAAAAAAAAAAGACACGGGCUCGUGCAGGCCUCUAUAUUCGUUCCCUUGUUUCAAUUAAAAGUUACCCCUUGGCUCGGCGGGCCCCCAAUCUGCCCGGGCCCAUCUGCACCUGCAUACCCUACCCAGACGCUAGGCUCCUGAUAGAUAGAUAGAUGGAUAGAUAGAUAUGUGGAGGAAGCAGUGUGUCUGUCACUCAGACUAAUAAAUGUGAUUGACAUGCAGCUCUGCGGCCAGAACAACUCUCACCAUUUUUUCUUUACACCAUUAAGAAAAUUGGUCACACUUUCUGUUUGCCAUUUCCAGUCUCUUAAAAUAGCAGCUGCAAGGGUUGUAAGGAGGAUACGCUUGAGAAACCACAGCGGACAUCAUGGGAAAUAAAUCUCAGCAGCCUCUUAAAUAAAUGAAUUAAGUGGGCAAUUUGCCUGGCCGACAGCAUCCCGUGAGCUCUAACACAAAGUGCCGUUUUCCCACCUGCGUUCGGGUGGAUUUAUGAACUCAGCUGGAUUACAUCCCGAACUGGUAAAACAGCGCGACUCAUCCCUGACGCACAGACCCGACGUCUGUCUUUCACUUUUAUUGAUCCAUUAAUUUAUCCUCUGUGAAUUUACAAGCACAGAAUAUGCGAAGGGUUGGGAGGAGGUCAGCGAUGGAGACGGGGAGAUGACAUGGCCAGCGAUGGAGGGUAUAUAAGUCCAAGACAGAAACAGGAUGGACACAUUGAGACGAGACCCUCCCGGCUAAAGUCGCGGAAGAAAGAGAGUUUGCGUGUGUCUGUACGUGUCGGCAUGAUGUGUAAACUCUUUCUGUCCUUCGCUUUGCUUCUCACCAUCAUCGAACCUCUGCUGGGGCAUCCGCUGAUCCAUUCGGCAGAGAUGACCUACGCCAGGCCUGUUCUUGUAGAAGAGGAGCAGAUGGUCAGUCCAGAAGACCUGAGUUACUCGGAGCAAGCGUAUCUGUCCCAGGGCGGCGUGGGAUUCGGUUACCCGUCCCUCAUCACUGGAGACAUCAGCAGUGAUGGUCUCAGAACAGCUGGAUUUGUCCCGAAUAAAGCUGCAAAAGAAGUGUUGCUGGAAAAGCCGUUGUUGAGCCGUUUCCUGGGCAGCAGGAAGCAGUACCGCAAACGAGGCAGCAACACAGAGUGUUUCUGGAAAUACUGUGUCUGAAACAUCCCACGAGAACACUCAUGCGCUUAAAUUUCAACACUCGUGCACAAACUCUGUGGGCCUGAUGCACUAAAUUUGCAAAAAAUAUGUUUAAGUUUGUAGGAAAAAUAGUGGAUAAUUUAUUUGUACAUACCUGUACAAGCUUUAAGCUUUGAUGUAAAUAAAGUAAAUAUAUUUAAAAGAGUUGUAAGUUAUUUGUG